CUUUUCGGUAACUAUAGUUAGAGUAAUGCAUUUGCUUUAGGUUCUUCGUGGAAACGCAUCAUCUACUACCUCUUCCGACGGUGGUUCACGCCUCAGUAACCUGCACGACACCAAAACGACGGUGGCGACGACCACCACAUCUUCGACGGCUUCCGCUGUCUCCAAACCCGCCACUAUGCCCCCGGUUACGACGAAUGUUUGGCAGCAACGCAUGGCUGCACGCCAACGCGAGCAGCAACAGCAGCAAGCCAUGAUGGCCAAGGAAAAACACCCAUCGAAUGCAGCCACCACAAGUACUCCGUCCAUCGGGUCAAAUACGGUUACAUCUGUACUGAGUGGUGCAUCCCUCUAUGGCACUACUCCUGCACCUCCGAGAAUGCCUCAGGGCUCAGCCGCUGCCGCUGCAGCUGUGAACAAGAAUGAUAACCAGUCAUCUACUUCGAAUAUACCUGUACCUAUUGGUCCGCCGAACUCCAUUCUUGACAAAGAACUCCCAAGGAAAGCACCUGGCUACAGAUCGCCUAGCGUUCAAACAUCCGCUGGAGGUUCGUCCGUCUUUGCCGAGCAGGCUGUUUCAUCGAUACCAUCAUCUGUAUCUUCCACACCGCCACCUUCUAUUGCCUCCAUAGGAGGAGAUAUUGCGUCUCGCUGUACGCUUGGGUCUCCUCCUGCGCCUAUUGCACCACCUCCUGGAUUCACAACGCUUGUUUCGGAAGUUGGAAAAUCUGUUGCUGCCAAAUCGACUACAAAUGCGCUGUCUUCACAUGCUGUAGACCCACCAGCUGUGGAGAUUGCUUCAUCUCCCCUUUCCACUUCUACACUGCCGUUGGGAAAGCUUCCAAGUGCUGAUUCCAUUACUACUCCAACAGGGACCAGCAAUGAUCUGUCUUCUAUGCAGUUUCUUGAUGAGAGUACUAGAGCUAAGCUUGCUGAGAUUUGGGGAACUGGUAAACAGGAUCAGUCUUCGCAAGAACAAGCAUGGGGAAACCAAGUCCUUCUGAACAACUUUCCCAAUCUCAGUAUUGGCAGUUCGGUGCGAAGAGUGCUAUGA